ACGUUCAAAAGCGAACAAACUGAGCGAAGGCUCCGCUACCUCAGUUCAGUUUUUUGCUUCGUGGAAAUAGAGACGCGCGCGGACGUUUUUCGCGGAUACUUGUCGGUUGGCUACAAAUUUAUUCGAAGAACGAGUGAGGUCCGCGUUACUAGACCUCGACCGAUUGCCGCGAACUGGAAGCGUUGGAUGGCGAACUAACGUGCACCAAGGCACUAUCGAUUCAGAUUAAUUGGCUUUUGGAGUGCGCACAACCGACUGAUCUUUUCCCACCUCUUUUGGGCACAAACUGGAAUGACAAAGGUCAGAGUCCAAACACAACGAAGUACAAUCAGCAGGAUGGCCUCGAGCAGUAGUUUCGUCCGCCUUGGAUGCCUCCUGGUUCUAAUUCAGUCGCUCGCACCAGCCAGGGCUGCAGAGCACUCAGUGUUCACCCACAAGAACGCCUCCUCGGUUUUGGGACAACUGGUCACCUCGAGCACCCUAGUUUGGGAGAGCUAUGACCCCAAGGAUGCGGCGCAGCUGCAGUACGCCGUGGAGGGCGGAAAGUACGUUACUGAGGAUGAGCAUUACCCAAUUUACGUGUGCCGUGUGCCCAUUGACGGCAUCCAGGUGUCCGGGCACACCGAGAAGAUCCUGCAAAGACACGUCUGCCUGGCGGCCCACUACAAGCACGGAAAGUACGACAACUUCGAUGUCCUGAUGAACAAAGGUCACCUGGGAAAGGUUGGCUGGCGUCACUGGCGGAAGUUCGAUGCUGGGGUUCCGGUCGGAGCCAUUCGCAUUGGAGACGACUCCUAUAUUGGACGCCACCGCGCCCCAGGGCAACCCAACAAUGAGGGCAUUCCCACCCACUGGGGAGCAGACUUCAACCUUGGUCACCUGGAUCCAGUGGGUCUUGGAAAGAUUCGCGUCAUUGAGGCCCAACGUGAGAAGUACUAUGACGAUGGCGAGGUUUUGGUCGAGACAGAGCCUUUCCGCUACGAGCUCAGGGACAUCAAACUGGAUCGCUUACGCACCGAGACGACGGAGAACUUGACUGACUUGGUCUCUAGAACGCUGGAAAACCUGGAAGACAAAUACAGCACCGUGGAGACCAUUCUUAGCUAUAGCUUCGACUAUAACCAGUAUUGGGGAUCCCAUGAGGGAGUGGCCCGGGGAUUGCCCACCAAAAUAUUCGAGAAGGAUGUGCCCGUCCCCGCUGAAAUCUACUGGGCCCUCAAGCACACCGAGAGGAAAUCGGAAAACAAGGCGGUCCACACGAAGCUCUGGCCCGGUACGGCUAUCAAUGUUACGCUACGCGGAGUCUAUGUGACUCUGGAGGCCCCUUACAAUGGCAAGCUCUUUGCCUUCUACUACGGCAGUGAUGAGAGCGUUUCCCGGAAGAUCAGCGCAGAGGUGCGCAAAAGCUACUUGAAGGAGGUGAAGCUGGAGUUCAGCCCCGUCUACUUUAUUGAGAACGGAACUAUCGUGCCCACAACGACAACAACAACGACAACAUCCACAUCGACCACGACUCAUGCCACCACAACCAGCACGAACGAGCCCACGCCCAUCAACGAGCCCCCGCUGGUCCACAUGAAGGACCAGGGAGUGCAGCAUUCGGGUCCCGAUACGCUGGAGAAGUCCUUGCACGACUCGCCGUCCAGCAACGAAGUGAACUCGCACGAGGCCCCCGAGAACAUGUCCUCCAAUCCUGGCAAGGAUGUGGCGCUGGCAGGGUUCGGAGGCAACGCAGCGGGGUCGAUAUCAACUGCAGGGUCGGCUUUCUUGACGCUACUUCUAACGGUCUGCAUGAGUCUGUAGAUGGAAUUGAGCUCCGGUCUUAGAGUAGCGUUAAAUUGUUGUUGUUGUACCUGUUGUACCCGUCUUUGAGAGCGUCAGAGAGAAGAAAUACGCAGAUGGACAUUAUAGGCUCCGGAAGGAGUUAGGCUUAUAGGAAGCCCCAGAACGGGGAGAAAUUUGGUGUGAAAACGGAAAGCAAAAGUCGAUAUUUUUUAUACUUGUCCCAAGCUUCUUCUAUAACACGCAUGCAAGUAGCGAAAUGAAUUGAAAUGAUCAAGAACAUAAACGUAAUACAUUCCUAAACUGAAUCCCUCACAAGUGGAAAUAAAUCAAAAGUAUAAAUUAAAGUAAAUAUUAUAUUCAUGUAUACUACGUUUAUGUAGAAAUAUUUUACAAGUUUUUUUAUUUGCAAUGCAACAAAUGUCAUAUGAUUUAAAUGGCUUCUCAUUUGUGUAGUUAGUGAUCCGCAUUAGUAGCAAGUAGAAAAAGAACUAACAGUGAAAGGACAAAUUGUUUAGGGAUGAUAAAAAUCGCGUUCUCUAAAUGAUGUAUGUAUAUGUCUAAAAUGUAAACCUAUGUAAAACAUAAGUACGAUGUGUAUGCUAUAAUUUAAGUCAAACGCUCCAAAUAUGUAAAUUAGUAACUUUUUAUUUAAACCCCUUGAAUUUAAAUAUGAUUUGCGUUUCUUUAAGGUACAUCUUUAUCAGAAUUGGUUUGUUUCCAAAUUGAACUACGUCGAAGGAACAAUGAAUCUCUAAUUUCGUAUAAAAUAAAAAUAAAGCUUGUAAAUGAAACAUUCGAAAA